GUGAGAACUUCACAGUACAAUGAAAACCCUGCAGAUAAAGGAUUCAGACUUUACGUCUUCUGUCCAGCUUGCUUGGUGAUCACUCUUUGCUUUGUAGGAGGUUUGGUACCUGGCUGGAUGCAGACUGAAGCCAGGCUGAAGAGGGAGAAGAUGAUGAAGGCAACAAUGAUGAAGCAGGAGGGAAGAGGAAGAGUAGGAGAAGGAGGAGGAGGGGAAAGAGGUGGUGCGCACUGUUGAGUAGUUUCCCAGUCGUCAUGACGACCUCACACCCCACCGUCUCCAGGGCUGUCUUCCUGUUGCCACGGUGACCUGAUCCUUUUCCAUCUCUGCUCCUCUUGAUGAUCAAGAUUGGGCUGAUAAAGGAGACUGACUCUUGAGCACCGUCUCCUUUCCCUGAAAACAGCUCUUGGAUGGGACAGUGAAUCACACGCAGGGACUAGGAUCGGAGGACAGUAAGGCACGGCGUGCUGGGAAUGCUGUGGGAGUAACACCGAAGUGUUGCCUGGAAACAGCAGCAUGCCAGUACAACAGAUAACUGUGGUGCCGGCCAGGGAGACAGCCAGCAACGGCAAGAGCGCUCCUCGGUCUAAAGACAAAAACGAGGGAAGGAAGGCCCCUGGGCGCUCAGGGAGUCGAUCCAGCAACAUCUCCAAGGCCAGCAACUCCACAACUGGACUAGCUACAGCCUCGAGGACAUCAAUCACACUGUCUUCUCAAGACAUAUGCAGCUCCGGCCAGCUGACCCGUUUAGAGGAGGAUGCAUCUGAAUCAUACAAACACAACAAGCACACACACUCCCCUGCGAUGACAGUCACCAGCACAACUCUGGGCUCGUCAGCUCAGGCCCAGAAGAAGCAAGCGAAGCGUCGGCACCGCCGCAAGAGGAGCAGCUGCACCGCCUUCGACUGCAUGGAAACCAGUGGCAAACAGGAGCAGGUGGACCGCAACGACCGCAGCCUCAGCUCUGACCGCAGUGAGAGGGGGGAAAAGAGGGAGCGGUCUUUCAAGAACCGAAGGGAGCUACCACCUCGCUUCCGUUACUCAGGUGCCCCACAGUCUGACUCCUCGUCUGACCACGAGGCGUUGCGUGAGGCCCGCAGCUGGAGCAAAGAGAAAGCCCGAAGAGCGCGCCGCCGCAGCGGAAACAGCCGUGAGAGUGAUCGGGUGAACAUGGGUAAAGGAGGCGAAGACAAAGCAGAUAUCAUGGAGCUGCAAUCAGUGAGCUCAGACGAAGGGAAGGAGAACCAACCUCUGGUGGAGGACAGCGCAGGCCUUAAGAAGCGGCACAGCAGCAGGGGUUCAAUGAAGAGAGACGGCCAUGUUUCACAGAGGGAAGGCUCGCAGAGCAGAGAUAAGGAGAAGAAUUACAAGUCACGCAGCCCAGGAGGCAGCUCUUCACUGGCAGAGGACGGCGAGGAGCUCAUUACCAAGAGAUACCAAGAAAAGGGGUCAGGGGGUGGAGACAUGUCAGUUCCCAUGCCACAGAAACACUGCGGUGUAAAUGGAGGCACACCACGACCUUGCUCUGAUGACUCAGAGCUGGAAGUCUGCAGGAUCUGCCACUGUGAGGGGGAUGACGAGUGCCCGUUGAUAAUGCCUUGUCGCUGCACAGGGAGCCUGAGUUUUGUCCACCAGGCUUGUCUCAACCAGUGGAUCAAAUCCUCAGACACCCGCUGCUGUGAACUCUGCAAGUUUGACUUCAUUAUGGAGACGAAGCUCAAACCUUUAUGCAAGUGGGAGAGACUACACAUGUCGAAGAGUGAGAGGAGAAAGAUCUUCUGUUCAGUGUUGUUUCACCUGAUAGCAGUAGUGUGUAUGUUGUGGUCAGUCUACAUUCUGGUCAAGAGAACCGCUGAAGAGAUCAGACUUGGGAAGAACGACGAUUUAUGGAGAAUUUCUCUUCUGAAGUACUAUUCGCCAGAGGGUGUGCUGGAGUGGCCCUUCUGGACCAAACUGAUCGUGGUGGCCAUAGGCUUCACAGGUGGCCUCAUCUUCAUGUACAUUCAGUGUAAAGUGUACCUGCAGCUGUGGCGCCGCCUCAAGGCCUUCAACCGCAUCAUCACUGUGCAGAACUGCCCCGAGAAAGAUCUGCACAGCUCUCAGAGCCAGCCAAGGGCCCUCACCAACGGCAGGCAUGAAACUGUGGAGGUCCCAGUCAGCCCAGCCCCCGUCCUGGCUCCAGAGUCACAGAUGGACUCCGACAUGUCAGUGGAGGCAGCGGUGGCACCGGCACAAAACCCUGUCUGACUGACUCUUCCCCAGCUCAGAAAAGUGUCCUGAAUGACACCGUGCUCUAACAUCAUCAAACACAAGCUGGUGUGAUCACGGUGUGAUUUAGACUCAUAGUGUUUCAGUGUUUUGUCCUUCUCAGCUCCUGUGAUUACUGAUCUUAUGAGACACAGCUGGAUGGAUUUAAAGUGAAAGAAACUGAUCUUGUCCCUCAGUGACCACAGAAAACUGAAAGACUGAAGGGCAGCAGUAAAGUGAAUGUGCAAUGGGGCAGGCCAGAAAAUGGAGAAAAGAGGAGGUGAGGAGAUGCAAAGGGAAAUAAAGCCAUUAGCAAGAAAUGCAUGUAAAGACUGUUGUUAUGUGGUAUACUGACACCAUUUUAUUCCUGUAUGCACUUUUAAACUGAACUGAAUUGGGUUAAAGGUGUAAACACCCUGUGGAUGCUAUUAACCAAAGGUCUCAGUACGCUUCAAACAAACUUCGGACGGCAUGUCGUAUGCCCACAUUUGAAGGCAAACGUGUCAACUGCUGUCUUGAACGGCUGCGCUGGAAAGUCUGCCACCAGAGAGAAAGGUGAGACGCGAUGAAUCCUUGAAUCCACAGACAGCAGUGCUCACUUCUGGACUGUCUUUCAUUGUCAUAUUAUACUCAUUUGUACAUACAAAAAAUGACAGAAGCAGUUUUGUGAAAAAUGAAAAAGAGCAUUGGAGAGAACUUGAAACCCUGCCUACUCUCUCAUCUCUGCACAUCUGACCAUUCUUUGUGUAAAGGGGCAGAUAUAGACCUUUUUGGGGGCAUACAGGCUGCACAGUAACUGAUUGACGCUCGGGUCGCAUCGGCACAGAAACUACA